AUUCCGCAUUCCACGCUGAUCGGUUCGACUGGUUCAGUUCAGAGAAUCGGUUCACAAGAACGAUUCACUCGCGACUCGACCAGCGCUAGCGGAAACGUCAUGAAGUGACAGCAGCAGCAGCAGCAGCAGCGCUCGCCCCGUUCUCCGUUCUCCGUUCUCGGUUCUCGGACGAAAUACAGCGUCCGUUUGGUCGAUCAGACCUCCGAUUCCCGGCCUAGCCAUGGACGAGCAGGCGGGCCCCGGUGUGUUCUUCAACAACAACAACAACUCGGUUCUUCCCGGCGGAGCGAAAGCGCUUCAACCGGGCGACGGCGACGGCGGCGGAGAGACGGCCCGCGCUCAGUACAGUAUCCCGGGGAUUCUACACUUUCUGCAGCACGAGUGGGCCCGGUUCGAGGUGGAACGGACGCAGUGGGAGGUGGAGCGGGCCGAGCUGCAGGCUCAGAUUGCGUUCCUGCAGGGUGAGAGGAAAGGCCAGGAGAACCUGAAGAAGGAUCUGGUGAGACGGAUAAAGAUGCUGGAAUAUGCUCUCAAACAGGAGCGGGCCAAAUACCACAAGCUGAAGUACGGAACGGAGCUCAACCAGGGAGACAUUAAGCCACCCAGCUACGACUCAGAUGAGGGGAACGAGAACGAGGCUCUUCCUGAACCACCCAACAGUCAGCUGAGCUGGAAACAGGGACGACAGCUGCUGAGACAGUACCUGCAGGAGGUGGGCUACACCGACACCAUCCUGGAUGUGAAGUCUCAGCGGGUCAAAGCGCUGCUCGGUCUGGCUGGAGACGGUGGAGAGACACCCGGAGACAAGCGCAGCGAGCCCAUGGUGAACGGGACCGAGCCGGCCUCGCUGAAGGACAGCACCACCACCAUGAUCGGUAAAGCGGAGAUGACCGACUCCACCACGGUGCUGGAAGCCUUCAAGUUCAUCGAGAAAGCUGCCGCAGAGUUCAGCGAUGAAGAGGACGAUGACGACAGCGAGGGACAGAACAAGAGCAUCGUGGACCUCUCCACCAUGGUGAGGAGGAAGGUGUCUCCGUCUCCCUCCUCUUCCUCAGCUGACAUGAGCGACGACUUUGACACGGAGGAGGUUCUGAAGGGCUUCGACUUUCUGGCCAAUAGUGAGGACAUGGAGGGUCCGUCUGAAGCGCCGUCCUCCGGAGAGCGAGCCGAGUGGGAAAAGCAAGAGCAGAGCCCCUCGUCUGAGUCCUGGGACGUGGAUGAGGGUCUGAUCUCUAAACUCAAGGAACAGUACAAGAAGGAGCGCAAGGGCAAGAAAGGGGCGAAGAGUAAGUGGGACAGGAACCUCUCGCUCGCCGCCUCCUCUUUCUUUCUUUACUCUUAUAUUUCUUCUAGUGUGUGUGUGUGUGUUUCUGCAGUCGAAGCCCUGACGUUCCCCCCGUCCUCGGGAAAGUCCUUCAUCAUGGGAACAGAAGAGACGCUGGAGAGCGAGCUGGGUCUCGGAGAACUGGCCGGACUCACUGUGGCCAACGAGGCCGAGAAUCUGUCCUACGACAUCACUAAUAAUAAAGACGCCCUGCGGAAGACGUGGAACCCCAAGUUCACACUCAGAAACCACUUCGAUUCGAUCCGCGGUCUUGCGUUUCACCCCAUCGAGCCGGUUCUGAUCACCGCGUCUGAAGAUCACACGCUCAAAAUGUGGAACCUGCAGAAAACCGCCCCGACCAAGAAGUGCGCCGCUCUGGAUGUGGAGCCCAUCUACACGUUCAGGGCUCACAGGGGUCCGGUUCUGUGUGUGGUGAUGAGCUCCAGCGGUGAUCAGUGUUUCAGCGGCGGUUUGGAUGGGACCAUUCAGUGCUGGAACACGCCGAACCCCAACAUCGAUCCAUACGAUUCAUACGAGCCGUCGGUGCUGCGGGGGGCGCUGUCGGGACACACAGAUGCAGUCUGGGGGUUGGUCUACAGCUCGGCUCAUCACAGACUGCUGUCGUGCUCCGCCGACGGGACGGUGAGGCUGUGGAGCGCAGCGGAUACAACGCCCGCCAUUGCUGUCUUCAACGAGAACAAAGAGCUGGGCGUCCCGUCGUCGGUGGAUCUGGUGUGCAGUGAUCCGGCUCACAUGGUCACGGCCUUCACUAACGGCAGGAUGGGCAUCUUCAACAUGGAGACCCGACAGCUGGUGCUGGAGCUCGAGUCGCAAGCCGCCGGAAUACCCGAUGCGCCGUGUCAGAUUAAUAAAGUGCUCAGUCACCCGACGCUGCCCAUCACCAUCACAGCACAGGAGGACCGACACAUCCGAUUCUACGACAACAACACAGGCAAGUUGAUUCACUCUAUGGUCGCUCAUCUGGAUGCUGUCACCAGUCUUGCGGUGGAUCCCAACGGUCUCUAUCUGAUGUCUGGUAGUCACGACUGCUCGGUGCGUCUGUGGAACAUGGAGAGCAAGACGUGCAUCCAGGAGUUCACGGCUCACAGGAAGAAGUUCGACGAGUCCAUCAACGACGUGGCGUUCCACCCCACCAAGUGCUACAUCGGCAGCGCGGGAGCCGACGCCCUCGCCAAAGUCUUCGUAUGACCUUCGACCUUUGACCAAAACUGCUUCCGCAAACUGAUGCACGGUGAGGCCUGAACUCGCUCUGAUGAUCCGGGCAGGCCUGGGUGCUGGAGGGGAGGUCAACAAACACGGAGGAACCUCCAGACCUCCUCCGUUCAGCCUCACAGGAAGUUGGGUGCUUCCCACACUUCUGCGGUUUUAGUUCUCCUCUCUGGUUUUCCCGUCUUGCGUUCGCUCCUUUUUAACGACGUGCCUUUUGCUACAAACAGUCUCGAGAAACGCGGAUUCCCAUUGAGGGAAAAUGACCCCUGUCGAUGUUUUGAACUCACCAAAUGCGUCAAAUUAUUCAGGUUUCUCACAAAAUCUCGAUGGGAUACACGUGAAAUUAAAUGCAUUGAAUUAAAAGACUCACAUUUAAUGCUUCUCUUGUCUGUCAGACAGUGAAUUCAAAUUGUACAUAACAUAACAUAAAAAUAACUUGCCGUACUAAAUUUCAACACAUUUGUGUCGAAAUAUAAAUCCACCAUCGUCCGACUCAUUUCGCCCCAAAAUUAAGAAAAUAAAGCCUGUUUUUUUGCAUCGAGGGCAUUGUUUAUAAAAAGUCAGAAUGUUAAACUAUUAGGUCUAGAAACAGGCUUCACCUUCUUUAUAAUUCUGUGAUUUUGUGGUGAAAUACGUCCUGGAUGAUGUUCUUGAGAUUCAAGCGUCAACUCUAAACACUCCAAAGCCGUUCACCAUCAGGACGUACGUCUCAAUUCAGUGCUGCGUUAAAUAUUUAAGCUGUUAUUUUACGCAUAAACCUGCCGUUUCUCCUGAGGCUUUGCAGUCGAUCCAGUAAAACUCGCCUGUUCUGUGAAAUCAUCUCAACAUUGUGAUGUACCAACAAACAUGGAGGCAAAAUUUUAGAUUUAGAGCCGUUACUGAAUAUUCGUUGAACUUAGUCAGUCAAGUGAUAAUGCGCAGAAGUCUUAUAAUAGUUUGAAUGUGUUGCAGUUUUUGACAAGCUGUACUCAAAAGUACAAUGAUUCGGAAGUCUAUAUUUGUCUGAAAUCUGUUGUAAUGUUUAUUUAUUUUUUGCCUUUUUUUUUAACUUGUUUUGCCUGUAAUGCCAAAUGCAUUAGGAUUUCGCUUCAGGACGGGACGAGCGGCUACGUUACGUGCAUAAACACCUUCAUCUGACGUCAGUAUCGCUCCCUCAUCCUCACCUUCUCUACCUGCACAGGUGGUGGUUUGUGUAUUAGAUUUGAAAUCUAUUUUAUAUGUAAUAGUUUGAAGCGGAUACUAGUGUUUUUUAUCAUUGUGUGACGGGUGACCGAGGUUGCAAACAGACCGUAACCUGAGUUUCCUGCAGGUUGAGGUUUUUUUAUUUAAGCUCUUCUGGUUUAUUUGAAUUUGUCUGUGAUUACUUGAACUCUCUGGGUGUGCGUGUGUGUUUUUAACUGCUAGGGUAGAGAUUUUCUGCUUUUAUCGGGAAUCGUUUGCCUUUAACUGAUGACAUGAGCACUACAAGACGAGCGGAGUGUUUGUGCGUUUCCUUCAGGUCUGUGAAAAGUGACGCGAGUUUGCUUCUCUACCAAAUGAUGAUAAAGGACUAGUUUAGACAAACAUGAAAUCUGGCACUGUUUACUCACCUUCAUGUCACUGCAAACCUAUGGAAGCUUGUUUCUGACACAGGAUAAAGAAAACUCGCAAUUACUUAUUUUUCUCAGAAUUAUGAGUUUUUAUCUUACAAUAAUUUUUUUCCC